UGUAGUAAUAGCGAGGAUGGGCUUGAAAGCAUAACCGGCGAGUUGCGCGAGGGCGUGACCUACCCCCAUCAAUUUCAAUACUACUAUCCAACCACAUCCCAAAACCCAACAACACUCCCUAUUUUAUCCUUUUUUGAUUCACUUCCAACCCAGUAGUGUGUGUGUCCCCUGAUUUACAUUCCAUUUCUUUCCCCCAAACCCCUUAAGCCAAAAAUGACACCCCCACCAAGAAACUAACCCCAAACAGAAGACAUGGAAUUGGCGUUGGCAUUGGAGUGGGACGAUCAAGUGCGGGAAGGCGUUCUAAAGAAGCUAAAGCUCUGGCAACAACGCAACAACAAACCCCCAACGGCAUGGGUCACAGAGCUAGUGGAGCAUUUCAACACACUGGGCAUUGCCCUACCCUGCCCCGAGUUAGGGGAACUUCUAGUGUCCCAAAUAUGCUUCGACAACAACCACCCUUUGAUCUGGAAGUUCAUCCACCACGCUCUCUCCUCGCGCCUCCUCUUCCCUCUCCAAAUACUCUCUCUUCUCUCCUCCAACGUCCUUCGCCACCGCCACUCCCACCCUCACGCCUUCGCCCUCUUCCUCCCUCUCCUCGCGCAACACGCCUUCUCCUUCCUCCCUACCCUCUCCAACAACCUCAAGAUGGUGAAUUCUGUGGAUGCUGUGAUGCGAUUUUCGGAGACUUAUAAGAUACGCGAUCUGGAGCUGGGGCACGUGUUUGUGCUGUUCUUUUACGAUAUUGUUGUGGCGUUGAUUGAUUGCGUGUUGAUUGAUUGGGGGUUUCAGGUGACGUUUAGUGAGAAAUCGCGUUUGGUUACUGGAGGAGGUGGUGGUGAUGAUGAGGAGGAUUAUAUGGAAAUUGAUCGGAAUAUGACGACGAUGACACAGAGUUUUGAGAAAAGUGAACAGAUAAGGAAGCGGAAUUCAUUCACCGCCUUAGAGGUAUUGGAAAGACUAACCGAAAGCAGAAAGGCUACUAUUUUGCUCCAGUCUGUUCUCUUGAACAUGCCUGAAAAAUUCAAUUGCCUCCAGCAGAGGCUCCAAUUUCUUGAAUCCCUUGAGUUGGCCUCAUCAGAGUUAAAAUCAGUAAACCAAGUCCUAACAAAAGUGUCUGCAAGCAUUCGUGGAGUUUCUCGUUUUGAUUACUGCCUAAGGAAGCAUCAGCUGGUUGGGAUGCUUAAGGCAUCAUUGAGAUGCAACUAUAGAUUUUGUCAGUCUCCUUGUUGGGUUCCUUUUGAUAUUUAUAUGGAGAAUGCUAUGGAUUCUAGACAAAUUCCUACCAAAUCAGCUAUUGAUGUGCUUACAGAAGCAAUCAAGACACUUCAAAUACUAAACCAGGCUAGCUGGCAAGAAACUUUUCUAGCACUUUGGCUUUCAGCCCUUCGGCUUGUGCAGCGAGAACGUGAUCCUCCUGAAGGCCCUAUUCCCCAUCUUGUGGCCCGUCUAUGUGUACUUUUAUGCAUUGUCCCCUUGGCAAUUGCAAAUGUUCUAAGGGAUGACUCUGAACAUAAUUCGUCAUCUGUUCAGGUGUCUAUGGAAUCAGAAUACAGGCAUGAAAUGAAAAGUGGUAGUUCUAUGAAACUUGGACUGAUUUCAUCUGUUCAGGUCCUUGGACACUUUUCUGGCCUCCUAUGCCCUCCUACAUUAGUUAUUGAUGCAGCCAACCAGGCAGCUAGAAAAGCAGCAAGCUUCAUUUAUAAUACUAUGAAUGGAAAGGGUGAAUCUGGCACUGGAAUUCAUGCUAAUACCAAUACAAAAGCAGGCGGGAACUUGAGGCAUCUCAUAGUGGAAGCUUGCAUAGCUAGGAAUUUAAUGGAUACAUCAGUGUACUUCUGGCCUGGUUAUGUCUCUACAUCUGUUUUGUCUUUGUCAGAUUCGUCACCACUAGAAAAAUCUCCAUGGUCAAUAUUUAUGGAAGGAACGCCAUUAAACAAUACCCUUAUAAAUUCUCUUACAGUGACCCCUGCCUCAAGCCUGGUGGAGAUAGAGAAGUUAUACUAUAUUGCAUUAAAUGGAUCAGAUGUGGAAAGGCCAGCAGCUGCAAAGAUUCUAUGUGGUGCAUCCCUCAGCCAUGGAUGGUAUAUUCAGGAACAUGUGGUCCACCAUGUGGUCAAGCUUCUUGCUUCUCCGGUACCUCCUAGUCAUUCUGGAUCUCAGAGCCCUUUGGUUAAUAAUAUGCCCAUGCUGUGUGCUGUCCUCCGUGGCACUUCCUCUAUCGAUACUAUUCAUAUACUUUCUUUAUAUGGUGUAGUCCCCGCAGUUGCUGCUUCUUUAUUACCACUUUGUGAGACAUUUGGCUCAAUUAAACCGACUUCAAAUAGCACUGGCGAUGAGUCCUCCUCAACAUCGACAUCAACAUCAACAUACAUGACCUUUUCUUUAGCCUUUCUUUUCCUUAUUCGUUUAUGGAAAUUCUGUAGACCCCCUCUUGACCUGUGCAUCACAGAAUUAGGAGUUGCAGUUGGAGGUUUGGAGUAUAUUUUGUCAUUGCACAAUAAUCGUGCCAUGUUUUCCCAAGAUAAACUGAAAAGCAAUCCAAGUCUCUCUGAUUCUGCAUCUGUUAAACCUGUAUAUAUUGAUUCAUUUCCAAAAUUACGGGCCUUGUAUUGUCAAUACAAAUCUUGUGUUGCUUCUGCCCUUUCUGGCAUUUCUACUGGAAAUUCCAUUCAUCAAACUGCUAAUAUGAUUUUAAGCAUGAUUUACCAGAAGAUAACCAAAGGUGGAAUUUCAUCAAGUAAUUCUUCAUCACCGACUACUGCUAGCAGUAACGCGUGUAGUUCUCUCAUGAAUUCUGGUGAAGAUAAUUUUCAAAGACCCUUGCUUCCUGCAUGGGAAGUACUGGAAGCUCUUCCUUUUGUCCUUGAAUCAAUUUUAACUGCUUGUGUUCACGGGAGGAUUUCAUCACGAGAAUUGACCACAGGUCUGAGAGACCUUGUUGAUUUUCUUCCAGCAUCGCUUGCUGCCAUUAUUGAUUACUUUUCUUCAGAAGUUACUCGUGGUGUAUGGAAACUAGUUCCAAUGAAUGGAACAGAUUGGCCUAGUCCAGCAGCACUUAUUCAAUCAAUUGAAUCAGAAAUAAAAGCUAUAUUAACUCAUGUUGGCGUUGAGGUUCCAAACCGUUCUUCUGGUGGUUCACCGGUAAUGCUUCCUCUACCAAUGGCAGCACUGGUCAGUUUAUCCAUUACUUUUAAACUUGACAAGAGCCAGGAGUACAUGCAUGCUAUUACCGGAGCAGCUUUGGAAAAUUGUGCAUCAGGUUGCCCUUGGCCUAGUAUGCCUGUAAUUGGCUCUCUGUGGGCCCAAAAGGUUCGUCGCUGGCACAACUUCAUUGUUGUAUCAGGUUCCCGUUCUGUGUUUAGACACAGCAAUGAGUGUGUAGCUCAGCUGUUGAGAAGUUGUUUCACCUCAUUCCUUGGAACAUUGUGUGUUUCAACCUCAAAACUGACUGCUGAGUGUAAUGUGAAUGGCCUGUUGGGUAGCACCAUUACUGCCCCUGGUCCCUAUCCUUUUGUCGCUCCUGGAUUCCUUUUUCUUCGAUCUUGUCGAAAUAUACACAAUGUGCAGUAUGUAAACGAUAUAAUUGUGGGUCUUGUGACAGAGUACUCUAAUGAAUUAGCCGGUAGACGGAUGGGUGCCAGCUCUCGCCACAUAAAAUCCAAUGAAGUAUCACUAUCCCUUUCCGCUCAAAGUGCAAAAGAGGUGGCUACACUUGGUGCAAGUCUUCUAUGUGCAGCAGGUGGGAUACUACUGGUCCAGGAAUUGUAUAAGGAAACUAUUCCUACCUGGCUGCUGUCGUCAAGGGAUGUGAAGCAAAACAAUGAUAGUGUUGGGUCAUAUAUACUUGAGGGUUAUGCUAUGGCAUAUCUGUUGAUAUUGUCUGGGUCAAUCAUAUGGGGUGUCGGGACCAAGUUACCAUCAGGGACAUUCAAUAGAAGGAAACGUACCAUUGAGGUCCAUUUGGACUUCUUGGCAGAAGUCAUGGAGAAAAAAAUCUCACUCAGUUGCAAUCCAAUUACAUGGAAAACCUAUGUCUGCUGUUUGGUGGGAUUGAUGGUUAGUCUUGCACCAGCAUGGGUUCAAGAAGUGAAGGUGGAUACUUUGAGGAAAUUGGCGCGCGGAUUAAGCAGAUGGAAUGAACAUGAACUGGCACUCUCUCUGCUACAUAGAGGGGGCACAGCAGCUAUGGGAGCUCUUGCUGAACUUGUCAAUGUGAUUGAGUCUGAACAUAUGCUGCCGUGCUCAUAAUCGAAUUUAUGAAGACUAAAUAAUGUAAUGACAAAAAUUGCUUCAGAGAAAAUAGCAAGUCUACUCGUCUAUUCUACAAGUGAGGUGGGAAUAUUGCUAUUUUGAGUAUUUUCUCCCAAUCCCGUUAGUAUGGACUUGUGGAGUCGAAAUGGUAGUAUGCUCCUCCACAACUCUAGUCUUUGAUGAAAUUCUUUUAAGAAAAAAAAAAUAUUAUUGCUCAUGAAAAAUUUAUAUUGCUGUUUUUUGUCUUAUAUUUAUAUGUAAAUGAGUCUUUCAUCAGUUCAUUUAUUAA